UAGCAGACGUCUCCCUCUUGUUAACGUCGGUUCGAGUUGAUAGCGGUGCCACAACAAAGUGGUCCCCACCACCACCCCUCACUCCCCUCCACCUGUUCCCCUCGCCGGAGCUCCGCAUCCUCCGGUGUCGACAAAAGAAACCCUAGGAAACAAAAAGGCGUCACCUUUUUCAAACGCCUCAACUUAUUCCCCAAAUUAAAGUGGAUGCUUUGUCUUCAUACAGAAGCAAUUAAGCUCAGUUAUCAAGCUGCUGCUUCUAGUUUCUUCUUCUUCUUCUUUGAAUGGCGGUUGAGUAUCACUGCUGCGAUGCGAGCUUCUUCGUCCACAUUCUGAUCAUCACUCUUCUCGUUCUCUUCGCCGGGCUCAUGUCGGGGCUCACGCUCGGCCUCAUGUCGCUCAGUCGCGUCGACCUCGAAGUUCUCGAGAAAUCUGGGACGCCUCAGGAUCGCAAGCACGCUGCGAAGAUAUUGCCGGUUGUGCAGAAACAACAUUUGCUACUUUGCACUCUUUUAAUCUGUAAUGCUGCGGCCAUGGAGACUCUUCCUAUUUUUCUUGAUAGCCUUGUCUCGGCGUGGGGUGCUAUAUUGAUUUCAGUGACGUUGAUACUUCUUUUUGGAGAGAUUAUACCCCAAUCUGUCUGUUCGCGAUAUGGAUUAGCAAUUGGAGCAGCAGUUGCGCCGAUAGUUCGUGUGCUCGUAUGGAUUUGCUUUCCGCUUGCAUAUCCAAUUAGCAAGUUGUUGGACUAUCUGCUGGGAGAUGGACAUGUAGCUCUUUUCCGUAGAGCUGAGCUGAAAACACUUGUGAAUUUGCACGGAAACGAGGCUGGCAAAGGCGGAGAGUUAACCCAUGAUGAAACAACUAUCAUAGCUGGAGCACUUGAACUUAGUGAAAAAAAGGCAAGGGAUGCCAUGACUCCUCUAUGUCAAACUUUUGCUAUUGAUAUCAAUGCCAAACUUGACAGAGAUUUAAUGAAGAUGAUUAUGGAUAAGGGGCACAGCAGAGUGCCAGUUUACUAUGAGCAGCCUUCAAAUAUAAUUGGACUUGUAUUGGUGAAGAACUUGCUAGCCAUUAACCCUUCCGAUGAGGUAGCUGUUAAGAAUGUCACCAUCCGCAAGAUUCCACGGGUUUUAGAGGACAUGCCUCUAUAUGACAUUCUAAAUGAAUUCCAAAAGGGCCACAGUCAUAUGGCAGUUGUAAUAAAGCGGAGCACUCCCGUAGAACAACAAAAUGGAGAUGGUGAGAAAGAUGUGAAAUUGGAAAUCAAGGUCGAUACGCCCAACAGAGAUAAACCUGAAGAGAAAGUUAUAAAAGUGAAGAGGCCACUACAAAAGUGGAAGAGUUAUCCUUCAGGUGUUCUACAGCGAGAAGGAAGCCUUCGAGAAGGAAGCCUUCGAGGUGGUAGGAAAUGGUCGAAAGCUGCAAUGGCUGAUGUUUUGCAAAUUGAUGAUAAGCCACUACCGAAGUUAAAUGAAGAUGAAGAGGCUGUUGGGAUUAUAACCAUGGAAGAUGUCAUCGAAGAGCUAUUGCAGGAAGAGAUCUUUGAUGAGACGGAUUACCCAGAGGAUCAGUUAACUGAUGGUGUCUGGCAAUAAUACUGGCACUAAAGAACGAGGAUGUGAAGGCCAAUUGCGUCGAUUUGGCAUUGAAAUGUCAAAGAACAAAUUUUGGGAGUUUUGUGGCUUUAGUGAGUGAUGAAAACGAAAGGCUUGAAUUUGCAUGGAUGGAUAUGAAAACGCGUGUAUUGUAAAUGAUUAUAGUUGAUGAUGAAAGGUGAACCAAUGCAAUUCUGUGCCCCUUCCUCUCACAUGUUUAUCAACACUGAGCACGGCACUUGCAAAAAUUGAGGGAUAAAUGAAGAUUGAAUAGUCUGUUAGGUUUUGGAUCAGGGUUUAGAUGGAGCCUCAAUUUGGAAUCAUGUUGUGUGCGGCGCGAUACUUUGCUUUUUGUGAAGGAAGGCAGUAGCAGGUUUUGCAGGGUAUAACAAGACGGCUACGUAAUUUUUGAUUGGUGUUGAUUGGUAAGUUAGUGUUGGAUAUUUAUCGCUUCUGGUGUAAAAAUUAUGACCUACAAUCCUCGUUAA